AUGUUUCUGCAGAAGCUUCGAUCCUUUUCCUUUUCAUUAAACUCCAAGACUCCUCCAGAGGACGAUAAAAAGCAUCAUCAACGUCGCAAAUCACUCAGAACUCCCAAUUCUGAACACAAAAACCCUCUGUCACCGUCUACAACCAAUUCCACGAAUGGUUCCCAUGGUUCUCCGCGGAAAACAAGCAUAUGUACAGAAGUCAAACAGACAUCCGAAAUAAAUAAUGGGAUGGAUGAGAAUCUAGAAGGACGAGAGUUCAGGGAAUAUUUAGAAAAGUGUAGAAAGGCAGAAGAGGCAGAAGAAAGAAAGAGGAAGAAGAUGGCCGAAAAGAGGAAGGAAGUCAAUUUAAGCCCGUGGGCUAGGAGGAUGUGA